AUGAACAACGACGGAAUACCUGAGGAUCUGACCACCAAUAUCCUGUGGAGGCUCCCGCUAGGAGAGUGCAUCUUCCGAUUCCGAUGCGUCUCUAAAUCAUGGUGCGAUCACCUCUCGGAUCUCUCUUUCAUUCGGCGCAAGCUUUCUUCUCCUCCUUCUUCUAGACGAAUUUUGAUCCAGUGCUUCAGCGAUAAAUUCCGACCACCAGUUUGCACUCUGUAG